CCGUCCUUUCAGGCCCACGAGCCGGGUCCGUUCCUUCUCUGCUUCCGGUCUAAGGGAAGCGGAGGGGGGACCCACUUAUUCUGAGCUCCACCGGCCUUUGGCCUCCCUCUUCGCACGUAUCGAAACAGACGCAUUUCGCGAGAUUCCCACCAGUUCAAAUGUCUGAGAUGCAAGCUCAAGGAGGGUAGAGAAUGGGGUCUAAGAUUGAGGUCCUUCCUCAAAGUUUCAGUGUUUUAUUAUCGGUCAUUGUUGUGAUUCCAAUGAGGGUGAUACGUUUCGAAAGAAGAUUCAAAUGAGGGUGGCGUGUUGGUAAUAGAGGAGGAGGAGGAGGUAUGAUGGGAAAAGGAGGGGAUGAUGGGCUGAGGACUGUGGAGCGCCUGAGGGGAAGGCUGCAAGCAGAGAGAGUGGCCUCCAAGGCUGCCCGGGAGCAAGCAGACAGCAUGGCCAAAAGGUUGGAAGAGCUGGAAAGGAAGCUGGCUGAAGAGAUCGAGUGCAGGAACAGGGCUGAAAGGAGGCUGGAGCAUGCUUUGAGAAAGCUGGAAUCUUUGAAGAUUUUGGAUGUCCCCCGAAGUUCGGCGAGUUCCUCGUCCUCGCAUUGCUUCUCGGGCCGUCAGAAGCUGGAAUGCUGGGGAUCUUGUUCACCGACCGUGGAUUCGGGACAAUGUGGUUCGGAGGAGGAGGCGCCGAGUGUUGUUGGUGAUGAUGUCUCAGGUAGUUCGCUGGUCGAUUCGGCUCAUGAUCGGGAGGGCAGCUGGAGUUCGGUCGGGACUUCACCAUCUCUUAACAAAGUAGAGUCUCAUGGGAAUGAGAGCAGCAGAGGUGGCAGCUCCCAAGUGUCGAUUGCUGAUGCUGCAAGAAAAACUUCUGUCAGUGAUUACAAGUUGGACGAUGUUGAGAAUCAAACUGAAGAUAUAGACAAUGCAUUGGCUCUAGUUCCAGUAAUCUUGCAUCCCAAUUUGGGGGGCUGCAACCCAGAGGUCAACAACAACGUGCAAAGUGUUCUUAUUGCCCUAAGACAUGUCAAAGAGCAGUUGCAAUAUUCCAUGGGGAGAAGAACUGGUGGUUGCUCUCCCAAAGAGCUGUAUGGCCGGUGAGGGAGAUUGUCUUGAGGGCCUUUUCCAUCCCACAGAUCUAUUAUAUUUCCGGUAGAUAUUGUGGUAAAAUAGAUGGAAGGUCAGCUGAAGUAGCUUCUUUUUGGGUUUUUGUUUUGGCUAGAUGAUAUCAUAUAUUACUAAUAAUGCAUCAAUUGCAAGACUCACCCUUCAUGUAAAGUGCAGCUGGUGGUUUUUCCAAUG